AUGUCCUGCUUUCGGCUGCCAAAAGGUUUGUGUGAGCAUUUGAAUAGUCUGCUGCGCAACUUCUGGUGGGGUAGUAAGGAGGGAAAGAGGAAGACAUGCUGGGUUGCAUGGGAUGAUAUGACAAUGCCCAAGUAUAUGGGGGGUCUGGGUUUCCGCGACUUUGAACUCUUCAACUUGGCAUUAUUAGCGCGACAGGCGUGGAGAAUUCUGCAGCAACCGACGGCGCUGAGUGCUCGGAUACUCAAGGCUGUCUAUUUCCCUAACAGUGACUUCCUGGAUGCACAGCUUGGCGAUUCCCCAUCCCGCAUCUGGCGAGCUAUCCAGGAUGGGAAAGAUGUCCUCAAGCAAGGACUGAUAAGGAGAAUCGGUAAUGGUGAAGAUACAAUGAUUUGGAACACCAACUGGAUUCCACGAAACGGUUUGCAGAGGAGGAACCGCCGCAGUUGGUUUCCGAGUUAA